AAAGUCUUUCGGAUCGAGCUUCAAGCUUCAGUUUCAGUGCGCGCUUUGGGCAAGCAAAGUAGCAGCUUGGCCGAACGUUCAGCUGUUUGUCGCAGUCGCGUGUCCGACAACGGUCAAUUCUUCUGGGUGCGCGCAGAAGUGACGUUUUACUGUUGGAUGCUGUAAUUGCAGCUUAAACAACGUCCAGUUUCAUCGGCCAACACACUUUUAUGCACUCUGCCAGUGACAGUGUGGAAUAAGUAACUGAAAAUUCAGUUCGCUGAAACCAUCGGAAUAAGAUUGUUUUGGAUAUUGCCGAGGGUGAGUGUGUGUCUUCCGGCUUAACUAUCACUGCCCUUCGACACAUGCCCCCGCUUCGUAAUGAAUUUUUCGCAAGGCAGGGGGCGACUCUAUCCCGCUUACAGCCUAAGCGGUUCUGAGGGUGAGGAGUCACUAGAGCGACGAUACGGAGAACCGCACACCUAUCAGCAUCCCCUCUAUCAGCAGCCGGCCGGCCUGAGCGACACUCCCACCUCAGAAAACGCCUCAGACGCCACUUUAACCGACUCAGAACUGGCGCUUGCUCGAGACUCUACAUUACUCGUCCAUAACGGUUGUUUAUUAGAUAGUGCGCCGCGACCCCCAGAUGUGCCCCCCAGAAACCCCACAAUGAGCAGGCUGAACGGCCGUUUGGCCUCCGCCCCUCCUCAGGAUCCCAAUCAGGACUUUGAGCCCUCCUGUUUGGUCAGAACUCCAUCUGGAAAUGUGUAUAUACCUAGUGGAACUUUGAAUCAUUCGAAAAACUCGGUCAUCGACUACAAACCGAACUCCUCCUGUAACAGUCCCUCCAAGGACAUGAAGAACUCACUCCCAGUAGCCGGAGGAGGAGUGGUGGGCACCAACAGUCUCUCCUACGGUGGUCAAAUGCCAGUGUUACCCGUCCGAAACAAUUUGAGGAGGCCGAAUUCCAGUCACUUUCCUCCAGCCGCAUCCAGGUUCCACUUUAGGAAAGGUCUGGCCUCCAGGUGUACCUGGAAAUGUACAGCUAUAGCCCUUAUAGUGUUGUGUGUGAUUUUGACUGCUGCAUUGUCAUAUAUUUCGGCAUCCAGCCUCCUCAACUGGUCAUAUCAAAGCGCUAAACCGUGCUCAGUGCUGGUUGGCGACAACACACAAAUCAUUCCAGCCUCAAAAACUGCCCCUUCAGAAACGAAUCACUCCACAUCAAGCCGACCCAAGCCUCCCUCGUCGGCAACCUCAUCAUCAAGCGGAGGUAAAUCCAUCGAACCACUAUAUGCCCGAAAACGUAGAGACGUUAGUUCACCGCAUGCCGUGUUUUUUCCAAAUAUCACUACCACUAGUAGUUCUGUGUCGAAUUUCAGCUCUGAGCAUGUAGGUAGUUUGCAUGUUAGUACUGAGGGGCCUGGAGGGUCUAUGUUGCAUGAGGCUGAGAGUUCUACGCAGGUGUUCGUUGUUUCGACUAAUAGUCCUACUGUGUCUGAGUCUGAGGACGAGAUCAGCACUGUUGAGGGAGAAACGACAACUGACGGGGUAAAAACGGAAACGCUCCUUCCUACCACAGAGGAUGAGUUGCAUGAAUUGUAUGGCGAACUGAGCAACGAGGAAAGUAGCGAUGCGGCUCUGUUUGAAGGAGAGGUGAUGGACGCUAAAGCUGUGGACGUGGAUGUGGCUGAAGUCAAUGAAACUGUGGUUAAGUCUGGCGAGCUCCAGCAUGACUCCCCGAUUUUAUUGUAUGAAAAGCCCGCAAGCGGGGAGGAGAAGCGCAAACUUGCAGAUUCCUCUAAAGAACUCACCGGUGCUAAUCUGGCAGAGCCUCCAGAACGGGACGCGCCAGCUCCAGGUCUGAAAAACGUCUACAUCCAACAGGGGAAGUCGGAAGCGUCUCAAACUCCCGUGACCGAGCCUACAGUGAAAGUUUUUGAAAUUCCUGCUGCCAGUUCUGAGGCCACUCCUUCAAAGCGGGUGCAAGUAAACGUGACAAUUUCCACAGAUCCAGAUCCCCAGAAUCCUCAUCAAACUCACUCGAUUUAUGUGCUUUCGGUGUCGGUGCCCACCGAUGGACACGAGCCGGGUGUGGAGCUAAACACUAAAGAAGGCGCUUCGUUUUCUGACAUUCAUGAAGCUAAUAAAGCUAACCCGCAGCCUGUAGAAAGCCCUCAUGGUGGCGCUUGCGAAUGCGAGUGUCCUUGCUUAGACGGUUCUCGUGAACUUCUAGAUUUCAACUCGUCGAAUUACGACUAUGACUGGCUGUUUUCGUCGAAAGAGUAUGGAUUUUCGAAAAGGAAACCCGACUUUACUGUGUCGUCCACAGAGUCCACUGGGACUAGUGAGGUUUGGACCACUAACUGUCCGGAAGUUACCACAAAGCUUCCGCCCCCUCCGACUAUUCUUGUAUUGGAAGGUGCAAGGACGUUUCCAGCUCAGUCCUUUCCCCCCGACGGCACGACCUUCUCCCAAACCUCCCUAGGCAAACGGCUGACGCAAGAAAUUCCUCCCUAUGGAUACUGGAACAUGCAGUUCUACCAUCCAGAGGCCGCUUAUGUGAAGUUCGAAUACACCAUACCCAGAGGGGCCAGCAUAGGCGUUUAUGCUAGAAGGAACGCUUUACCUACACACACUCAGUACGAUAUUCUAGAGGUGUUGAGUGGGUUCAAAGCGCGAACGACCAGAGCUGCUCAUUCGAUUGUUAAAAAAGAAGUCACGCACUACAUGGAGCAAGGCCACUGGUUCCUUUCCCUAUACAACGACGAUGGAGAUGCACAGGAAAUUACCCUGGAAGCCGAAGUGGCUGACGAUAUGACCCAUAAUUGCCCCAAUGGCUGCAGUGGCAAAGGCGAAUGCUUGAUGGGACAUUGCCAGUGCAAUCCAGGGUUUGGAGGCGACGAUUGCAGCGAAAGAAUUCCUGGAACUGGCCUCCAUCUAGUCUACCACAGUUCUCGAGCGGCGGGAUACCUUUCGACUAUUCAACUACAACUCACGCCCGAAAUUGUCCCGACCACUCUGAAACUCAUCCACCUCAGAAUCACCAUCGAGGGCAUCCUGUUCGAAAAGGUGUUCGAAGCCGAUCCCGUGAUUAAAUUCACAUACGCCUGGAACAGAUUGAACGUCUACAGGCAGCGAGUCUACGGCGUGACCACCGCAAUCGUGAAAGUUGGCUACCAAUACAGCAAUUGUAAAGAUGUGAUUUGGGAUGUGCAAACCACUAAACUGAGUGGGCACGAUAUGAGCAUUUCGGACGUGGGUGGUUGGAAUCUGGACAUUCAUCAUAGAUACAACUUCCAUGAAGGAAUUCUGCAAAAGGGCGACGGUUCGAACAUCUACUUGAAGCACAAGCCGCGAGUUAUUUUGACCACUAUGGGCGAUGGGCACCAAAGGCCCUUGGAUUGCAUGGAUUGCGAAGGACAAGCCACCAAGCAACGCCUCUUAGCUCCAGUUGCUUUGGCUAGCGAUCGAGAUGGGUCGAUUUACGUCGGCGACUUUAAUCUCAUCCGAAAAAUCCAAACGGAUGGCACCGUGCGAACCUUGGUCAGACUAAAUGCCACCACAGUGUCGUACCGCUACCACUUGGCUCUGAGCUCAAUGGAUGGGAACCUGUACGUCUCAGAUCCCGAGUCGCAUCGAAUAAUCAAAGUACGCAGCACUGACGACUUCAGUGAUCCCGAUCACAAUUGGGAAACAGUUGUGGGUUCUGGAGAACGCUGUCUUCCAGGCGACGAGGCGCAUUGUGGAGAUGGAGCGUUAGCUCGCGACGCUAAACUGGCCUAUCCGAAAGGAAUCGCAGUCUCCAACGACAACGUGCUCUAUAUAGCGGAUGGGACCAACAUUCGCAUGGUAGAUCGCGAUGGAAUUGUGACAACAGUGAUUGGCAAUCACAUGCACAAAUCGCACUGGAAACCCCUGCCUUGUGAAGGCACCCUCAACAUCGAAGAAGUCCAUCUGCGAUGGCCUACAGAGCUGGCGAUUAAUCCUCUGGACAACACCUUGCAUAUCAUCGAUGAUCACAUGAUUCUUCAGCUGACUACUGAUGGAAGAGUCAAGGUUAUUGCAGGGCGGCCAUUGCAUUGUGCCUCCUCACUGUACAGCUACGACAUGGAUCUGGCAACUCACGCCACUCUAGUGAUGCCGCAAAGCAUCGCGUUUAGCUCUUCUGGAGACCUCUACGUGGCUGAAAGUGAUUCGCAGCGCAUUAAUCGCGUUAGAGUGAUCGGAACCGAUGGAAAAAUCGCCCAGUAUGCGGGAGCUGAGUCAAAGUGCAACUGCUUGGAGCGAGGAUGUGAUUGCUUCGAAGCUGACCACUACCUGGCCUCCAACUCCAAGUUCAACUCCAUUUCGGCAGUAAGCGUGAGUCCGGAUGGCCACGUUCAUAUCGGUGACCAAUCCAACUACCGAAUUCGGUCGGUUAUGGCCAGUAUUCCCGACUCCAGCAUAUCGAGGGAGUAUGAAAUCUACUCACCAGAAACGCAGGAGAUUUACAUCUUUAACCGAUUCGGGCAGCAUAUUGCUACCAAGAACAUUCUUACGGGCGAGACCAGCUAUUUGUUCACUUACAACGUCAACACUAGCAAUGGUAAGCUGAGCACAGUGACUGACGCCGCAGGAAACAAGGUGUUCCUCUUGCGAGACUAUUCAAGUCAAGUGAAUUCGAUCGAAAACACCAAAGGUCAGAAGUGCAGACUGAAGAUGUCCAGGAUGAGGAUGCUGCACGAGCUCAGCACUCCUGAUAACUACAAUGUCACCUUUGACUAUCAUGGACCCACCGGGCUGCUGAAGACCAAAAUAGACAGUAGUGGAAGGAGCUAUGUUUACAACUAUGAUGAAUUUGGACGGCUGACCACAGCUGUGACCCCCACAGGAAAAGUCAUCAGCUUAUCGUUCGACCUGAGCGUCAUAGGAGCUACUGUAAAGGUCAGCGAAAACGAUGAGAAGCAUCUUUCCAUGCUAAUCAAGGGUUCAUCCGUAUCGACCAAAGUGGAAGACUUACGAAAUAAAAUCAUGAUGUAUCCAGAUGGGGGAGUUGCCAGUUUCCGGGCGUGGACUCAUUCAAUUACAACCGACACUGUUCCCUAUAAUAUACUAGCCGACAAAGAGCCCUUGUUGGCCGAAAGCUACCCAAUCCCUAGUAAACAACACACGGAAAUAGGCGGCGACCUGGCAAAUAGAUUCGAAUGGAGAUACUACAUUCGACCGAAUUCAAACACCAAAGGCAACAAGAACAUCCCGCGCGCCAUCGCAAAAGUGGGCAAAAAGCUGCGGGUUAAUGGGGAAAAUAUCCUCACAAUGGAAUACGACAGAGAAACAGCAUCGAUAAGUGUGUUUAUGGACGAUAAAGCCGAACUGUUGAAUGUGAGCUAUGAUAGAUCUUCGAGACCAAUCAGAUUCGGUCCAAAGAACGGCUUGUUUGCUGAAGUCGAGCUGGAAUAUGAUCGGUUUAGCCGGCUCAGCAACUGGAAGUGGGGUGACCUGAGUGAGAGUUAUGGUUUUGAUCGAGCUGGGCGACUGUCGGAAAUUAAAUAUGCUGAUGGGUCGUCUUUGCAGUAUGCUUUUAAGGACAUGUUCAGUAGCCUGCCUCUGAAAGUGACGACUCCAAGAGGCUCAGACUAUCUUCUCCAGUACGAUGACUCCGGUGCCUUGCAGUCAUUAACAACACCACGCGGUCACAUCCAUACAUUCUCCCUCCAAACCUCUUUGGGAUUCUUCAAGUAUCAGUACUUCUCUCCAAUGAACCGACAUCCAUAUGAAAUCAUGUACAAUGAUGAUGGCCAAAUUCUAUCCAAGAUUUUCCCGCAUCAAUCAUCGCGAGUUACCUACAUCUACGACUCGUCGGGUCGUUUAGAAACAUCGAUAGCAGGCAUGACUGCUACGCAUUACGCCUACAAUGAAGUGGGUCUGGUGAGAGACGUGGAAGUCAUUGAACCGAAUAUGGAGCUGAGACAAGAGUUCAGAUAUCAAUCGGGAGUCGUGAAAGAUGAACGGUUGAAGUUUAAUGUGAAGAGCGGUUUGGAUAAUACCCGUUAUAAGUAUCAGUACGACGGGAAUAAUCGUAUUUCCAGUAUCGAUGUUGACAUCAACGGCAAAGAACUUCCGCAACUGAAAGUGAAAUACAACCAAAACAUUGGCGUCCUGGAGACGAUAAGCGACCUGAGAAUAUACCGAAACACCUUCAACAGAUCGGUGAUGCAAGACACUGGCAAACAGUUCUUCAGCAUCACCGACUACGACGAUCACGGCCGGCUGAAGUCGGUGCUGAUCAACAUCAAGUCAUUCGACGUCUUCCGUUUAGAACUCGAGUACGACUUCAGGAACAGAAUCAAGCUGCAAAAGCUUCUAGUUGGGCGGACUCAGUUCAUGGACCGGAUUAGUUACAAUUCAGACGGGCAUGUGCUGGAGGUGAUUGGCAGCAGCAAUUGGAAGUACGUCUACGACGAAAAUGGAAAUAUCCAGGCCACCAUCAAGGAGAAGGAGAAAACCACUCUGGGUUACGACAGUGGAGAUCGCGUGGUUCAGUAUGGAGAUGUGGAGUUUAACAGUUAUGACAACAGCGGUUUUGUGGUGCGAAGAGGCGAGCAGAAGUACCGGUUUAAUCCUAAAGGUCAACUGAUCCACGCUUUCGAGGCCGACAAGUUCCAAACCUGGUACUACUACGACGGACAGGAUCGGCUCAUCGCCUGGAACGACGACAAAGGCAAUGUUACCCAGUACUUAUACUCAAACCCGAGUACUCCAGAGUUAAUCACCCAUUUGCAUUUCCCGAAAACCGGACGAACGUUCCGAUUCCUCUAUGAUACGCGCGAUGUUUUGAUCACGGUGGAAACGCUCGAGCAAAGAUUCUACGUGGCAGCCGAUCAGAAUGGAAGUCCAUUGGCGCUGUUCGACAUCAAUGGAAAUCUGAUUAAGGAGAUUCGCCGAACCCCGUUCGGAAACAUCGUUUUGGACACCAACCCGGACUUUUACCUGCCGGUGGACUUCCACGGAGGCAUCUAUGAUCUCAACACGAAGCUCGUCUAUAUCAACAAGCGGUUCUACGACCCGAUCGUUGGACAGUGGGUGAUUCCAGCUUGGGAGAAACUGGCUUCGAAAUUGACUACUCCAACGGACAUAUUUAUCUAUCGCUUCUUGAACAAUGACCCAAUUAACGCCAAGUACACCACCAACUACAUGACAGACGAAAAGAGCUGGCUUCAACUCUAUGGCUAUGAUAUCCAGAAGAUGCUCGGCUCGGAGUAUAUAGGAAAAAUUGUGUACAAUCCUACCGCAAUCGUAUCCGCCCCUCAAUUGGCUCCAGAUUUUGGAAUCAUGUCGGGAUUGCAAUGCAUGGUGGAUCAAGUGAAUGAAAAAUUCGCCGAUAUCAGCUUCGUACCAAAGCCCCUCCUGAAGAAGGAACCAAAAACCCGAAAUCUUCUUCCUAGAGUGGCGUACCGCAAAUCCGUAUUCGGAGAGGGAGUUUUAAUUUCGCGUGUUGGAAGUCGCGCUUUAGUCAGCGUGGUUGAAGGAGUGAACGGCGUGGUCCAAGACGUUGUCACUUCGGUAUUCAACAACUCCUUUUUCCUCAACCUCCAGUUCAGCAUUCAUGACCAGGACUUUUUCUACUUUGUCAAAGACAACGUGUUGAAAAUCCGGGACGAUUUGGAAGAGUUGAGAAGACUGGGAGGAAUGUUCAAUGUGUCCACACAUGAAAUCACCGAGCACGGCUCAGCGACGCCACUGAAAGAAUUGAGGCUGCAUAAUCCAGAUGCAGUCGUCAUUAUUAAGUAUGGGGCUGAUCCCGAUCAGGAAACGCGCAAGAUUUUGAGACACGCCAACAAAAGGGCGAUAGAACGGGCUUGGGAGCUGGAGAAACAGUUGAUUGCCGCUGGUUUUCAAGGCAGAGGCAACUGGACUGAAGAGGAGAAAGAGGAACUGGUUUCCCAUGGAGACGUGGAUGGUUAUGAAGGUAUAGAUCUGCGUAGCAUUCACAAAUAUCCUCAACUGGCGGACGAUCCAGGCAAUGUGUUUUUUCAACGAGACUCGAAACGAAAACGACGAAAGAGCGGGACACGGCGAGGUCGAAUACAUCGACACGAUUCGUAAUAAAUAUACAAUAGAGGUCAGUGUGAAAGGUAGAGAGUGAGUGGAAACAGAGAGUUAUUUUUAUGUGCCAUAUUGAUAAUGAGGUCAUCAAAUCCUAGUCGUUCGUACAUUAAUUAAUUUAUAGAGAUAAAACACUAUUUUUAAUAAUUCGUGGCUAUUUUUCAUAAAUUCUCGUAAGGGGGGAGCUCGAAGCCAUACAUGUCCAAUAGAGAUUUAAAAUGAGUGAAUGGGGAGGGGCCGGGGUAGGCUAAAAGUUGGUUGCAAAGUUUAAGUCGACCUCGCCGUUCUUCCGCCGCUGUAUAUUGUGUAAAAGCAAUCAAAAGGCCUAUCUCUAAGAAUACAUAUACAUUGUUUUUCCUACAGGGUAGCCUAGAUACUCAUAAAGAUCGCUGUCGUACAUAUAAUCUAAGUCAAGUAAGUCAUUCGGCAUGUUUUGCAUGUACCGAAGUUUCAGCUCCCCAACUCAAUAGUUUCCCACUACCAUCCUCAAGAUUUGUAUUAUAAACUUUUGUAAAUGCAAAAUGUGCCAAAUCAUAGCCCAUUAUCUGCAAAUAUAGUUAAGGCAAUACAAGUUACAUAUGUACAUAAAAGCUUUUUUAUAUGGAACAAUUAUCUAGAACAAUGCUAAGUAAUAAGUAAUUAAAUAGAGAUUGUGUAACAAUGGAUAGAAUCAUGUUAAUGCUGCAAAUUCUUCCUGCAUUUUGCUUUCGAAAUCAAUGUAAAAAAAGUAGAAAGCCAAAGAAUACGAAAUGGUCCACUUACCAGCGUCUUUAUUAGUACUUUUUUCAUGUUGGUUUUUAAGUGAAAUACUUAACUGUGUAGCACGCGACUGAUGUUAAACGAAAAUGAAGACGAUUCUUAUGCGAAUUGUAGAAAAAUAAUCCAAUCAUCCUAGAAGUUUUAGAUGUAAAUAUUAUUUAUAUGAUUUUUUUAUUUUAUAUCGGUGCUUGUGUCUCGGUUUUAUGUGUAGAUCUGAAAAUUACCUGUGCAUUGACUCGCAUUUGUAUUAGAUUAGACCGUACAAAAAAUAGACUUAAAUCAUGUUAAUUGGCCCUUUUUUAAGUGGAAAUUUUACUUGUCGUAAUCAUGGUCAGUUCGCAGAUGUCGGGAGUUUUCAACUAAAUUUUCCCUUCAAACAGGGUCAAAAGCAAAACUACAGCUCUCUUCGAUCAAUUCCCAAGCUGAAUUUUUCAAAUCCAUUUCUAGGUAUUGCUAUAUAUGUGUAUUUAAAUUUAAUAGGUAAGCAAUAGAUCACUGGACUAAAGUAACUAAACAUUCUGUGUGUACAGCUGAUUUUGUAGAGAAAUUCGGGAGCAGGUUGAGCCACUUUCAAUUAUCGCCAGCCACACAUGAUUCUAUAAUCAGAUAUUCUUUCAAUUCUCUUAAAUCGAAUUUUCCAAUAUUGUCAUUUAACAAUUACAAGUGACUCAGCUUGUAGAAUCACAGUCGAUAAAGAGAUCUAUUUUGCAACAAUCCCUCGAAUAAGACUGUGAUAGAACUGUUCUGUUUGUCUGCUGUGAUUAUACCGAGAUUUUACCAUUUUUCGUACGCUUUAUAUUUCGAAUUUUGAACUUCAUGACUCGGUCAGAUGGAACCCCGAUCCUCUGGCACUUGAAUCCAGGUACCUUUCGAUACUCAUUUAAUGAUUAGUGGCAUUUUUAACACUAGUUUUUUUGGCAAAUUUGGCCAUCUCGAAACCUACAUAGACUUUGCUGGUUUCGAGCUGGGAACUUGCAUCAGCGAAAGCUAUAAAAAGCCAAAUAUGGUAUAGUGAUAUUUUUCAAGAAAAUGAAUAAUUGUGACUAAAAAAUUAAAGCAAUACGUCUUCAUAUUGAAUACUUUUUAAAUCAUAAAAUCCUAUUUAUACGUGCAAUUGUUGUCUUCAACGGCACACGAUGGUAAGGAUGGACUCGACACCUUACUAUGAAACUAUAUUCUUAAGGCGAUAUUUUAACUGUGUAAAUAUUUGAUUGUGUAUAUUGUUUUCAUAUGUAAAUAUAUUUUGUUUAAUUCACUAAUAUAAUCGUUUACUAAACAAA